AUGGCGCGGCGCGGACGGACGCUACAGGCGCAAGUGGAGUUCAUGGAGCGCACUGGACAGGCGAUCGAGGAGCUCGUGGUCAAGAUGAUGAAGGCGCACGAGGAGCAGGAGACGUAUCUGGUCGCGUUUGCUGCAAGUCUCGAGGACGUCGCCGCGCACGAGACGUGUGCGCCUUUGGCAAAGUGUCUCGAAGCGCUGCGCGAGUGUGGACAGUCGCUGGUGCGGGAGAGUCACGACGUGAUGAUGACGAGACCGGAGACAGAGAUUCUGGAGGUUGUGGCGCAGAUGAACGACUGGGCGGUCACUCCCAUGAAGAGGUUGUUGGAAGACCGGGAAAAGGCGGUGAAGAUUGAAGUGAAGCUGCAGAGAGAGCUCGAAGAGAUAAAGCUGCAGCGAGGGAGCGCGGCCAAGGAAAAGGAGAGGAAGCUGCGGAUGCUGUCGGACCAGAAACGUCGCGUCGAGAACGUCAAUGCGUUGCUGGAUAUCCACAUGGAGAGCUUCGAACGGUACAGAAUCGAGAAGAUGAAGAAAAUUGUCAGCGAGCUGACGCGCUCGCAAGCCUUUUACCACGCAAAAGGCCUGGAACUUUUUGCCGUUCCAUGUCAAGCUAUCGCGAAGCUUUAUGCUGAAGAUGUAGGACUUUCGAACGCGACAGCUCAAGCGAGUCCCAGCUGA